AUGCAGUCCAGACUGAGAAAGACCCAAAAACUCAGGGGCCAUGUGAGCCACGGCCACCACCACAUCUGCAAACAGCAGAAGCACCCUGGAGGUCGGGAUAGCACUGGUGGCAUGCAUCACCACAGGAUCAACUUUGACAAAUACCAUUCAGGGUACUUGGGGAAAGUGGUUAUGAGGCAUUAUCACUUAAAGAGAAAUCAAAGCUUCUGCCCAACUAUCAAUCUUGACAAACUGUGGACCUUGGUCAGUGAGCAGACACGGUUAGUGAAUGCUGACAAAAACAAGACUGGGACAGCAGCUAUUAUUGAUGUGGUGCUAUUGGGCUAUUACAAAGUUCUGGGGAAGGGAAAGCUCCCAAAGCAGCCUGUCAUCGUGAAAGCCAAAUUCUUCAGCAGAAGAGCUGAGGAGAAGAUGAAGGGAGUGGGAGAGACCUGUGUCCUGGUAGCUUGAAGUAAACUAAAAGAAAGAUCAUUAAAUGCUACAUUGCUUUU